AUGUCUUCUUCAAGGCCUUCCAAAAAGCGGAAGCUCACUCCGCCUCAAUCCGACGACGAGGGUUCAUCUCACAAGACAGGUGCGAAAGUCCAAAAGGCUUUCUUCAAGAACGCAUCUACCUGGAACCUUGAGGAGCAGUAUGAGGACAAGGCACGGAAGGGAAAGAAGAGUAAGGAGAAGGAGAACACUCGACUUCCGCUCAAGCUCCCGGGGGGACGGGUGCAACCUUUCGCUGCCCCGGUGGUCGAUGACGUGAAGGAUGUCGAGAGUGAUGAUGACUGGUUGGAGGGCGAGGAGUUGUCUGCCGAUGAAGCGGGUGAGGAACCUGUCGAAGCCCAACCCGAAAUCCCGGAGUACCAGCAGAUCAAGGAGGCCAAAGAGGAGUUAGCGAAGAUUGCGUCCUUGCUCAAUGAGGAUCCCGGAGAGAACGCCGGCGCUUUCAAAGCUCUCGGCAAGAUAGGAGCAUCCAAGAUCCCUACUAUUGUCAUGCUCACUCUGGCUACUCAGUUGAGCGUUUAUAAGGACCUCAUUCCGGGCUACCGAAUACGGCCGGUAGCUGAAGACAAUUCAAAGGAGAAGUUAUCAAAAGACGUGAGGAGGCUCCGGACCUAUGAAGACUCACUGGUUUCCGGCUACCAGGCAUAUGUCAGGGAGCUCACCAAAUACACGAAAGCAGGCAAGCGUCAGGACAGCGGCAUGGCGAGUGACAUUGCAGGCGUCGCAAUGACUUGCGCGUGUACUCUCCUGACAUCCGUGCCCCAUUUCAACUUCCGCAGCGAACUCAUCAAGAUCCUUGUAAGAAAGUGCUCUUCGCGACGUGUCGACAAUGAUUUCAACAAAUGCCUUCAGGCCUUCCAAACUCUGUUCCAAGAGGAUCAGGAAGGGCGUCCCUCGAUGGAGGCUGCCUCCCUUCUCUCCAAGAUGAUGAAAGCAAAGGAGUAUCAAGUAGACGAGAGUGUCGUCAAUCUCUUUUUACACCUGCGGCUGUUAUCAGACUUCUCUGGCAAAGGGUCCAAGGACACGGUUGACCGCGACGAUGACGGUCUCAACCGCAAGAAACCGAAAGCGAAGAAGGUGUUCCGGAACAAGAAAGAGCGGAAGGAGAUGAAGGAACAACGAGCACUCGACAAGGACAUGGCACAUGCGGAUGCACUGGUCAGCUCCGAAGAGCGAGACCGGAUGCAGAAUGAUACUCUCAAGCUAGUAUUUGCUACCUACUUCAGGAUUCUGAAGCUGCGCGUGCCGCAUCUCAUGGGCGCUGUCCUCGAGGGCUUAAGCAAGUACGCAGCAAACAUCAACCAGGACUUCUUUGGCGACCUGCUAGAAGCACUGAAGGAUCUCAUCCGUCACAGCGACGCCGACCAAGCUGCGGAUGAGGCCGCGGAAGCCGAUGACGACGAUACACCACUCCGCAACACGACAAGAGAGGCUCUGCUUUGCACGGUGACAGCAUUCACGCUGCUCGCAGGCCAAGACGCACACAACUCGCGCGCAGACCUCCACCUCGAUCUCUCCUUCUUCACGACCCACCUCUGGCAGACGCUCUUCCCGCUCGCCCUCCACCCAGACCUCGAGCUCGGCGCAAGGUCCCUGCACCUGCCAGACCCAGAUGCGCCCCAGGCUUCCACCGCGGUCAAGGCCCGCUCCGACAACAAGGUCAACCUGCAGACGACGACGGUACUGCUGAUCCGGUGCCUGACGGCAAUCCUGCUUCCCCCCUUUAACGUCCGAUCAGUCCCACCGCUACGGCUCGCGGCCUUCGCAAAGCAGCUCAUGGGCGCAUCGCUACACGUCCCCGAAAAGUCCGCGCAGGCGAUUUUGGCUCUACUAGCUGAUGUCGGCAGCACGCACGGCCGCAAGAUCGCGGCGCUGUGGAACACGGAGGAGCGCAAGGGCGAUGGUACCUACAACCCGGUCAGCGAGAGCGUCGAGGGCAGCAACCCCUACGCCGCUACGGUUUGGGAGGGCGAAAUUCUUCGCCGGCAUUAUUGCCCGAAAGUGAGAGAGGGAGUCAGGGUCGUGCAGAAGCAUUUGGAGCAGAGGUAG